UCAUUCAGACUGGGAAAUCUCUUUCCUUCUCUUUCCCGCAACGUGGUUGUCCUUCUGGAACUCUCUUCUGAAAGUUCUUGAGAAGCUUGGCCGUAGCGGUGCCAGUUCAUAAGUACGGCGAGCACGGGCAGAGCAGAUAAACAAGCGAAGAGUUCCGUGAUAGACUGAAAGACCAAAAGAGGACGUGAAUCUGAAACAGGCCAGAAUGACUUUACUUUGUUACAACAGGGGCUGCGGAGAUCGAUUUGAUGCUGAAAAAAACUCAGAUGAUGCCUGUUGCCAUCACCCUGGUGUGCCAAUCUUCCACGAUGCUUUAAAGGGCUGGUCGUGCUGUAGAAAGAGGACAACAGAUUUCUCAGAGUUCCUGUCAAUCAAAGGUUGCACCCGCGGGCGCCAUAGUAACGAGAAGCCUCAGGAGCCGCUGCGACCCGAAGUGACCACCGAUAAAGGAGAUGUGAAGCAGAACAAUGGAGAAGAAAUGAUCUACCAGGGACCUAAAUCAGCAGAAGCUCUGGAAAAGGAGAGACCCAGUUCAGAUGAGCCAAAGUCGAAGCUGAAUGCGAAGAUCUCUGCAUCUCUUGCUCAGAUUGCAGAGACAAUUAAGAUCACUGAGAGAGAGAAGUUAGAGAGUGAGGUCAUCUUUGUUGGAGUCAGGUGCAAAAACACAGGAUGCAAAACAACUUAUCAAGGUCCAGAGACGGAUAAAGAGGUCUGCUCUCAUCACCCAGGAGCACCAGUUUUCCAUGAAGGAUACAAAUAUUGGAACUGCUGCUGCAUACAAACCACUGACUUUAAUGCUUUCCUGGAUCAGAAGGGUUGCACUGCAGGCAAACACCGCUGGAUCCCAAAACAGGACAAAAAGAAGGUGGGUUGCAGACAGGAUUGGCACCAGACUGGAAACCAGGUUGUGGUUACAAUCUAUGCAAAAAACUCCAAUCCAGAGCAUUCAUAUGUGGAGGCAAACCGCACAGUGUUAACAUGCCAUAUUCAGUUUGAGGGUGACAAAGUGUUUCACAAGGACAUCCACUUAUGGGGGGUGAUUGAUGUGAACAACAGUUUUGUGAACAUGGUGCCCUCUAAAGUUGAAGUGACCAUGAGGAAGGCUGACGCUGUAGCCUGGGGAAAACUGGAGGACCCCAAGCACAAACCUGAGCCGGAGGUCACCAACGAGAUAAACAUGCCGGAUCAAGAAGAUGCCAAACCAGCCUGGUACAUCUCAGAUGAUGACAUCAGUGAGUCGGACUGGGAAGAUGAUGAGGAGGACAUGAAAGACAGCAAAGAAAUGAAAGAGGAAAAUAAAACAGAUAAUAAUCCUCCUGAGCUAGAAGAACCUGCUGAUGUUCCCCCAGAAAAAUAAAACUUAUGUCAAGUGUAA